CUUCUUCAAUGGAUAAUAUCUUCAAGAGCAAGAAGUACAAUAGUUAUGGAAGGCGAAAGAUAAAUGUAAUUAAUUCGAGGCAACAAUCAAGGCUUGCACUGAUUGUGAAUACUGGUGUGUCAUAACCAACUAGAUAAUUGGUUUUGGCCGUUUGGUCUAGUGGUAUGAUACCAUCUUAGGGUGAUGGUGGUCCUGGGUUCGAUUCCCAGAACAGCCCAAUUUUGUUUUUCCUUCCCCUACUUUAUGCAGUAUAAAAAACCAGUUGAGAUCCUCUACGACGGACGGAACAAGAAGGAUUCUAUGAAUGCGUUUGCUGUCUAUUAAUGAAAUAGGUACUCCCAGAGACUAGGGUUAUUGAGUUGCAAGAAGCAAAUGUAAACACCUUCACAUAGUUGGGAGCGUUGUUUCUUAUAUGAGACUGAAGAACACGCAAGAAUGUUGCAUCGAUGGUGCGGCUGUACCAUGGAUGCCUUUCAAGAAUUCGUUCAGGGUUCGACUCCUGGUUGAUGCAUUUGAAAAGAUGUGCUCAAUAAUAUUUAAUUGUUAUUUGUUUACUUUUUAUUUUAUUAAAUAUGCAGACUAUGUACAAUGGAGCAUCGAACAUAUUAUUUGUUUAUUUUUUCUCAUACCAAUUAGGAACAUAUUUAAGUAAUUCAUGUUGAGUAUUAAAUUGCAUAAUUUUAGGUAUCUGAUUAUGUGUAAAUGGCUUGUAAAUAUUUUUUCUUCUAUUCAUACAAUCCUGCUUGCGUUCUACACUCAAAAGUAAUACCUCUAACUUUUUAUUCAAAAUGAUGAUGCUAUCCAAACUGACAUAUUUUGCUUUUAUUGCUUAUUCUAUGGCAAUACAAUUCAACACUCCAUCUCCGUUUGAAGAAUGGACAACUUGUGAGGAUCAUACAGUUACAUGGGACUCGGUCGAUACGGAUCCGAGAAUUGCUGAUUUAUAUUUAAGUAGCUACAUUAGAUAUCCUCCUAUCAACAAAUUUCUUUCUAGGUUGUCUGUCUCUGAUGGCAGCUAUACUGCUGAUACUAAGGGUUGGCCUAUUGAUGGAGGCUAUCGCAUAAACAUGAGAAAUCCUGAUAACUUUGACGAAAUUUACGCUCAGUCAGAAGAAUUCAUUCUAAGUCCACCGAGAGAGUGAAAAUGGGCAGAUAAGCCUCCUUUUACGACUAAGUUAUUCCCAUCAAAUCAUAAUAAUAAGGA